CAUCCAGAUACAGACCACGCGUUUGAGUUGAUGUUUACACGCUAACGGUGCACACACACAAACACAAACACACACACUGGGAACACAAGGUAGCGGUACAGGAUGAGGACACGAAGCUCAUUAUUAAACAUGACCGGAUGUGUCAUUAGAAACUGUUGUUAGGUUGCAGGAUUCCCAGCUGGGCAGCAGGUCUUCAGCUGGGCAGCAGGUCUUCAGCUGCUGACGGAUCAAUCUGCACAUUUUUAUGUGUAGGUCUGUGUCUACAAAGUGCUAGACCAUCCAUAUAGUCUGAUUCCUUUGGGGAGGGUGUGCGGUGAUCAGCAACAUGCCCCUGUCGGACUUCCUGGACAGCCUGAAGGACAACCCAUACUUCGGGGCUGGGUUUGGACUGGUCGGGGUUGGGACAGCGCUGGCAGUGGCCAGGAAAGGCGCCCAGGUGGGAAUGGUCUUCUUCCGCAGGAACUACAUGAUCACUCUGGAGGUCCCCAGCAGGGAUAAGAGCUACCACUGGCUGCUGAGCUGGAUCACCAAGCAUGCCAGGCACACUCAGCACCUGAGCGUGGAGACCUCCUACCUGGCACACGAGAGUGGAAGGGUUCACACGCAGUUUGACUUCCACCCAAGCCCUGGGAACCACAUCAUCUGGUAUGGGAGGAAGUGGAUCAGGGUGGAGAGGACCAGAGAGAAGCAAAUGGUGGAUCUGCACACCGGGACCCCGUGGGAGUCUGUGACCUUCACCGCUUUAGGCAGAGACAGACAAAUUUUCUUUAACAUCUUACAAGAAGCAAGAGAAUUGGCUAUGAAGCAGGAAGAGGGGCGGACGGUGAUGUACACAGCCAUGGGGGCGGAGUGGAGGCCCUUUGGGUUUCCCCGGCGACGCAGACCCCUCAGCUCUGUGGUCCUGGAGGCGGGCGUGGGUGAAAAGAUCGUGGAAGAUGUGAAGGAGUUCAUUGGAAACCCCAAGUGGUACACAGACAGAGGAAUCCCAUACAGAAGAGGAUAUCUGCUGUAUGGUCCUCCAGGGUGUGGAAAAAGCAGCUUUAUCACGGCGCUGGCGGGCGAGUUGGGCUACAGCAUCUGUCUGAUGAGUCUGAGUGACCAAACCCUUUCAGAUGACCGUCUGAACCACCUCCUGAGCGUGGCUCCGCAGCAAAGCAUCAUACUGUUGGAGGACGUAGAUGCAGCCUUUGUCAGCCGAGACCUGCUUCCCACAGACAAACCUCUGGCCUACCAGGGAAUGGGAAGACUGACUUUUAGUGGCUUGCUUAAUUCUCUGGACGGAGUGGCUUCAUCUGAGGCCAGAAUAGUUUUUAUGACCACCAACUUCAUUGACAGGUUAGACGCGGCACUGAUCCGACCUGGCCGUGUUGAUCUGAAGCAGUACAUCGGGCAUUGCACUCACUGGCAGCUUACGCAGAUGUUCCGGCGGUUCUACCCAGACGAGCCUGCCUCAGAAGGAGAGCGGUUUGCGGAGCGUGCGUUGGCCACCUACACUGAGAUCAGCGCUGCGCAGGUGCAAGGACACUUGCUGCACAAAACGGACCCUGCAGGAUCUAUUGACAAUGUUGCUCAACUAAAAGAAUGAAGGUGUGGAGAUAACUGAAUAAAGAGAAACAUAAGAAACCUU